AUGUAUGAUUUUUUAGGAGGACCAAAACCAAUAUAGAUAAGAUGGAUAGUAAAUUUAUUUAAAGCAUUAACUCUUCCAUAUAUUGUACUGUUGAUGUAUUAUAUGUAACACUUUGAAUUUGGAACUUAUUUAUAUGUAUUUUAUUGUUUUAUUUUAACUUUUUAGUUAUCAUUACAUGGUAGUUAUGGGAUACUUUGGAUAAUAAAAGAUUUUAGUUUUCCAGAUUAGAAUUUUUAGAAAUACACAACAAUUCCAUCAGCAAUUGGUGGAUGUUUAAUUUUGAUUGCUUAUUGGAUUUUACCACUUAUAUAAGUAACUGGGUUUGGUUAGAAUUAAAUUAAACCUAAUUUAGUAUGUUUCAUAAUCAUAUUAUAUGUAUUUGGAAUUAUUUUAAUGAUGUCAAGUGAUUGUUAGAAAUAUUAUACAUUAAAAUACAAGAAAGGCUUAAUCAAAGACGGAUUAUUCAAAAUGAAUCGAAAUCCAAAUUAUACAGGAGAGAUUUUAAUAUAUCUUUCAUUUGCAAUUAUUACAAACAAUGCUUUAAGUUACUGUAUUGUUUUUAUGUCAUGGAUUUUUAUGUUUUUUCCUUUUAUGUUGAGAAAAGAAAUUUCAUUAAGUCAGAAAGAGGGUUGGAAUGAGUAUUAUAAAUAAAGUUAUCUUGCAAUUUGGAAAUUCUGUUAAUCUGAUAUUAUCAAUAUUGGAUUAUAUAUUAUAAUGAUUGUAUUUAUAAUAGUAUUAAUUCUAUGA